AUGACAUCUUUGCGAAUCGCUCGCCGGGCUUUCCGUGCCUCAAUGCUCAGCUCCUCUCGACCUUUCUCCAGCACAACAUGCCGUUUCGCAAAUGCCAAUCCCGGCAAUGCACAAGAGCACGAUGGUACAGAAGAAUACCGCAAAUUCCAAAAGGAAAAGCCAUUAAAUCCACAUAUGACGAAUACCAAUUCUACAAUUGUGAACGAAAUGCCUAGUGUUGGUGCGAGGAAAGUUCCACCUGAGCUUAUCACAAGUUUGGAUGGCAAAUUCUCCCCAAAGGAUAGUGUACCUGAGAAUACGGAAAGAAUGACUGGUGGGACACAAGAUGGGGAAGGGAGUGGUGUCAAUAGAGAGAUGGCAGUGGGAGAGAUGGAGGGGCAUCAAUUCCGAGUGGAGCCACUGAGAAGGGAUGGAGAACAUGAGGAGAAGAUGAGGGCGAGGUUAUUAUAUCAAUCCCGUAAACGUGGAACUCUCGAAUCCGAUCUUCUCAUGUCCACCUUUGCGGAUGCCCACCUUCCUACCAUGACCGCUUCACAAAUGGUUCAAUUCGAUCAGUUCCUCGACGAAAAUGAUUGGGAUAUUUAUUACUGGGUCACACAAGAGCCAUCACCCACUUCUCGCGAAACAGCUGAAGGUGCUGGUUUUGGACCCGAAGGUGCAACAACCAAUGCUAUGGGUACAGAUCAAAAGAAAUCACCAGUGGCACAAGGUACAGAUGCUGGUAAACAAACUGGUCCCGAACUAGAUACAGAUACAUGGAGAAAUGGAGCACCAAGGAGUGGAGAAUGGGCACAGACGAUUGGAACAUUCAAGCCAGCUUACAGACCUGUACCGAAGAGAUGGCAAAAUAGUGAGAUUUUAGCUAUGUUGAGAAAACAUGUAAUCUCGAGGUCUGCAGGGGGUGUAUACGAUGUGGAAACCACUGACGAUCGUGUAUCUGGCAAGGGCAUGGCAUUCAUGCCACCUAUUUUCCAGACUGAUCAGAACCGAUCAUGA